UUGUUCGGGCGGUUACAAAUGAAAGCCUGCUGGACUCAAACACGCUGGCACGCGACUAUCUUCUACACAGCUACCAGGCCAGUCGGUUCAACACGGUUCUGUUCCGCACCUCAUCAAAAAUGGCUUGUCCGCAUCUAGCCGGCACACCCAGUGACUGGGCCACUCAUCCGGGGCGACAGCCGAGUAAAGACUGCGGAUUCAACCUUCAACAUACACAAUUUCGACAGGAUCGGCUCGAUGACCCCCAGCACCACAGCCAGACGGCCAUGGAUACACUUUCAGCUUCCUCGUUAGGCAAACUCCGCCAAAGCACGUGCGAAUCGCCACGUGACUUAUCGGCGCAACUGUCAAACUUUGCGACUUACGUCAGACUCCCUCCAUCGCAGCGCUUCAGGAUAUAUUUGCCUGAAGACUCUGAUAUUUGUUCUUCUGAGAAGAGACAUGUCACGGGUUUCAGCUCAACAAGCCUGGAGAAAUCGUUCUCGACCGCUGCCUCGAGCGAAACAGUUCCCCGAUGUUACCAAUCCGCGACUGUCACUCCAUAUGCCCGACCAUCAAGCAAGAGGCCAAAGAGCGGCAGUGAAGACUCUGCCAGCGACUUCGAGGCGCAAUUGUCUUCAUCGAGAAAGAGGAAGAAAGAAAGCGGCAUAAGACGCCUAUUUGCGUGUCCUUUUUACAAGCUUAAUCCACUCAAGCAGCGGUCAUGUCACAGCGCUACCCUCUCUGAGAUCAGAUACGUUAAGCAGCACCUACGGCGAAGUCACAUGCAACCACUUCACUGCGGUUACUGUAAGGCCAUCUUUAAUUCCUGCAGCGAACGUGAUCAUCACCGAGUAGCAAGAGAAUGCGCUCAUUCGUCUGCAUGCGUUGAAGGAAUCACUUCAAACCAGGCACGCCAACUACGCUUUUGGUCGGCCAAAAGGGGUAGUUCCCAAGAAGGGCAAUGGUUUGCACUCUGGAGAAUAGUAUUUCCAGACAUCCCCUGCCCUCCCUCGCCUUUCGUGGACGCAGGAGACUUUGGAGAGUUCAACCAGCCACUCGCAAAUUUCUCAAGGCAAUUAUCGACAUCUUGCCACAGUGGAACACCUGAGAUUUUGUCAAACCUGCGAAGAGUAAGAACAAGCUUGCCUUCCGCUGGCAUGAUUGCGGAUUUUAGCCAACCUGACCAAGAAGCUCAGAGCAAGACGAGCUGGAAUGGCAACUUCAAAGAAAAACCACCUCUUGCAUGUCCCUUUGUCAAGAAGUCUCCUCAAAAGUACUGCUCGUCAAAAUGGCGGAGUUGUCAUGCACCCGGAUGGCAUACAGUUCACCGCGUCAAGGAACAUAUUUACAGGCGUCAUGCUGUAACAAUCACCUGUCCUCGAUGCUUUGAAGCUUUCGAUACAGAAUCGGGGCGAGAUGAUCAUUUGAGAGCAGCGGAAACAUGUGUAGUUCGUGAUACGCCUCCCCUAAUGGAAGGCGUGAGUCAAGACCAGGAGCAGAAGCUACGAAAAAGGUCCAAGCAAACAAGCGAAGCGGAUAAGUGGAGAGAUGUAUACCUGAUCCUCUUUCCUGACUCGGAGGAAACACCAAGUCCUUACCUUGAAAACUGGAAGCCUUCUUUGGAAGAGGAAGAUUCGGCAGCUUCAGUACACAGAGAGGUUUUGGGUACAGAAUCUACUCAAAAAGGCCGAAGAUAUCUUGACAAAGAAAAUGAGUCUCUUUCCAGCCCACUGCACGCUGGCUGGACUGCACCUCUCGAUUAUUUGGACUUGAUCAAAAUCUCAUGGAGUGAUACGCUCACGGGCGGUGACUGGAACACUGGCAGCAACUUGUUAUCAGAUAUGGGAGCAUGGUGCGACAACUCGCCAACGACUUGCAUCGACCCACUAAGUUGGCUUGCGGCCCAACAAAAACACGAAUUUCCGAUUCUUCUAAGCCCUCGUCGGUCAAGUAUAGGGUGCCUAUUGAACCCGGCCGAUGAAGGAAUCCAGUUAGGGUUUCAAUAGGAAGCCACAGACAGGUCACUGCUAGCCAGUCGGGUUGGAUCGCAUGAGCUUUGAGCGGCAGUCCGUGUGGCCGCAACUGAGCAACAAGUGGUUAACGCGGUGUCGCAGGCAGUGAACAACGUCUGAUCGUACUCGCGAGA